GACAUCGGAUAGGACUUCACUCCUUUCUAGUGGACUAUGUCCGGCGAGAGAGGUUAGGGGGUGUUGCUGAGGUGGGGGAGACGUGCGCUCCUCAUCCUUCCACCUGGAGAAAGCUUGGGCUGAUCUCACAGUGGAGCGUCGCCGAUGAAAUGUUCACAAGUUCAACAACUGCAACUUCUUGUGAACUGAGGUGAAUCGAGUUCACCAGCAUCGCGCAGAGCUUGUAUCUCAAGGUUGUCACUCAUAUCUCAAGGCACGUUCUGCUUUUUAUUUUUCAUUUUGUGUGUAGUCAACAAUAAGGUCAGGGCGUUGCAACAUGAUCGAUGCACUCAGUAAUUUGUGUGGAUUUGUAUCAUAAUGUAUGUAUGUGUGUUAUUACUUAUACUUACAUUAUUACUUAGUACUUACUUAAUUACUACUAUUUAUUUAUUGUGUUUAAAAGGUAAUGACUAUAUUUUUGUUGUUGCUUGCACAGGUUCAUGUUUAUGAUGCAAAAUUCAACCACGUCACCUUCCAAUGUCACCAAAUCCAAAGAGCAAAUCCUCAUCCAGAGUUCUGGCGCCAUGAUCGCCGUCAUCGUCAUCGGUGUCAUUGUAAUUCUCACCAUUCUUCUCUUCAUCCUGAAGACGUACAACAAGCGGACCCACGCAUCCCGACUCCUGGGAUCCAUCGGGGGCUCCAAGCCUCACAAGAAAACGUCCCAGUCCACGGCUCCGAUCGUGCCCAUGGCCACCAUCGGGGUCAGCUCCUUGUCAGGCGGCGUCCCCGAUCCCAGUCCUGGCCCAUCAGAAGGGCGAAGAGCGGGAUGGAAUUCCGAAGAUUUCAGUACGGCCAGCGGACUCACGGCGGUUACAAUCCACGACACGUCGGGAAACACGUAGCAUCCGCCAAAAAACAAACCAAAAAAAAAAAAAAAACACUGACUGACUGACUGGAGGGUCUGCCUUUAUAGACCGAAUACUGUGGAACAUGACUUUAUCAUUUUUAAUCUCAGACAAAAUGUGAACAAAAGGAGACCACAAAAGGGGUUCCGGAAUUAUAUGAACUGAGGCACUAAACAGCACUUGGUAGUUUGCACUACCAAUCCUUGGUUGGUCUUUACAUUUCUUCAUUUAAGUUUCUGCAUUACCAUCACAUUUAAAGAGAUAUAACCAUUAUGACUAAAAGGAUAACUGGCUCCGAGUUGCCAGGUCCUGGUUAUUUAGUAACUAGAAAUCUUGUAUCUUUGUGCUUCUACCUACGUCAGUGACCCAUGUGGACCGGCAGAACAAUUAAAUAAUCUUCUGCCAGAAGAAAAAGUACAAAAAUCAACAUGUCCAACUCUUCCCAUUCAUAACACAAUUAUGUUAACUAAACAGGGGCACAUUUCACACCAAGUACGUUUGUGAGUAAGACAAGACAAAUAAUUAUUUGAGUGGAUAUCAUUUUCUGUGAUAUUUUUUGUGGAAUGGCGUGCCUUGAGAGUUUGAUCAUGUAAAAUGUGCUCUGGCUCAAUAUUGGUUGGAAAAAUACUUGUGCGGUGGAGUUGUGCAGUGGUAUGCGCAAGAAUCAUUACACUGUAAAUACUGUAUAAUUAUUAUUUUGAAAACACUCAGAUGGCAACCAGUUUUGCACACGUAAACAUAAAUAUAGGCCUACUUACUAAGCAACUGUAUUUGAACUGUAGUCAUUGUGGUUGUCCGCGGGGAGCCAGCCAAGUGCGGUGCUAUCGGGCCUCUGCGUAGAUACGAGUUAUGGAAUAAUAAAGACAUUUUAUACAGAAAAAAAUCCUCAUUUUACCAUCACUGGUUUGCUAAUAACGUUGUUUUGGUUGGUCAAUUAUUUAACUCAAAGGACUCAAUUGUAACGCGCCAAGAAUUUAUUUUUAAACUUCUCAUAGUGAAUUUAAUACUGCCAUAAAUGUGAUCUCUAAAGGAGUCAUUAUGCUAUUUAAAAUCUUGUCGAGUCAUAACCAAAAUUUAGACAUAUUAUCUAUUGAUCCAAGCAAAACUGAAGAUGGUAAGAUUUGUAUAGCAACAAUAAUUGUAAUUUACGCACAUUAGUUAAAAAAGAUGUUGCAUCAAUUUCAUACAUCGUUUAUAAUGGGAAUAAUCUUGUAGAAAAUCUUGACGGGGAAAAAAAAUUACCUGCAAAAAAAAUUGAUGAACAAUAAAGUGAAAGAUGAAAUUUCAAUGCAGGUAAAACUUUGGUGUUAAGUGGUCUAUACGAUUUAUUUCUGUGAUGAAACCCUGAAUGUUUUUAUGUAUUUUUAUUAGUAUUUCACCCCCUGGCAAUUGUACUUGUGUUGUAU